CGUGGGAUCCGCCUGUUGGAGCGCUAGGAGCGCCCCCUCUCCGCAGAGUCACCGCGCGCUCCGCCCGGGAGGACGGCGACCUCUCCGCCCCCUCGAAUGCCCCGCCCCCCUGUCCCCGUCGGUCCCCACCCCAGGACAGGCACACAUGAGCACAGACUUGGGCUGGGGACGCCCUUGGUGUCAGUGGCCCGGCUCCCGCACCCGCUCCGGCCCGUUGCGCAGCCGUGACACCUGUCGGACGGUGUGUCCCAGACCUGGGGCUCUGGACUCCGUCGCGGCCAGGGAGGGCCAUGAUUUCCCUGCCCAGGCCCCCAGCGACCAACGUGCUGCGCCUUUUGUUUCUGGGGCUGAGUACCCUCGCGUCCCCCUCGCGGGCCCAGCUGGAGCUGCACGUGCCGGCCGGCCUCUCCAAGUUGCAGGCGGUGGAAGGAACAGAGGUGGUGCUCCCGGCGUGGUACACCCUGCACGGGGAGGUGUCUGCGGCCCAGCCCAGGGAGGUGCUCGUAGUGAUUUGGUCCCUGAAGCAGGAAGGGAAGGAACCUGUGCAGGUGUUGGCCUACGUCAAUGGGAUCACGUCAAACACAACUGGAGCAUCCUUAGUCUACCCCAUGCCCUCCCGAAACGUGUCCCUGCGCCUGCAGGGCCUCCGGGAGAAAGACUCUGGCACCUACAGCUGUUCCGUGAAUGUGCAAGGCGGCCAAGACAUAAGUAAAAGCCAUGGCAUCAAAACUUUAGAACUCAAUGUGCUGGUUCCUCCAGCUCCUCCAUCCUGCCGUCUCCUGGGUGUGCCCCGUGUGGGGACCAACGUGACCCUGAAUUGCCAGUCCCCGAGGAGUAAGCCUGCUGCCCAAUACCAGUGGGAGCGGCCGCCCCCAUCCCCCCAGGUUUUCUUUGCACCACUUUUAGAUGCCAUCCGUGGGUCUUUAAGACUCACCAACCUUUCCACUUCCAUGUCUGGAGUCUAUAUCUGCAAGGCCCACAAUAUGGUGGGCAGUGCCCAGUGCAAUGUGACCCUGGAAGUGAGCACAGGGCCUAGGGCUGAGGUGGUAGCUGGAGCUGUUGUGGGCAUCCUGAUUGGAUUGGGGCUGCUGGCUGGGCUGGUCCUCUUGUGCCAACGCCGGGGCAAGGCCCUGGAGGAGCUGGCCAAUGAUAUCAAGGAGGAUGCCACUGCUCCCCCAACUCUGCCCUGGCCCAAGGGCUCAGAUACAAUCUCCAAGAAUGGAACCCUUUCCUCUGUCACCUCAGCACGAGCCCUCCGGCACCCCCAUCCCAGGCCUGGUGCAUCAACCCCCACACCCAGUCUCUCUAGCCAGGCCUUGUCUUCACCAAGACUGCCCAGGACAGAUGGGGCCCGCUCUAAGCCAGUAUCCCCCAACCCUGGUGGGGUUUCUUCCUCAGCCCUGAGCCGCAUGGGUGCUGUGCCCGUGAUGGUGCCUGCCCAGAGUCAGGCUGGGUCUCUGGUGUGAUGGCCAGCCACUUAUUGGCUGUACCAUACUGUCUGGGGUCUCUCCUUCCCAUAGGGGUCACCUCUAGCACAGAGGCUCAAGUCUUGGGAGGGUAGCCACAUUCCGGGCCUCCAACCCUUUGUCCCUCACCUUUGUUCACUGCGAGAAAACAGAGUCUCAGUAAAAUCCAAAUAUCUAGAAGGUAGAAGGACAAGAAAUAGACCUGGGAUUGGGAGGCACCGCUACCGAUCCCCCCCACUCCUCCCUAUGAAGCCAGCUGAAUGCUGCUGAGAUCGGCUGCCCACCCAGGGCCCAGGCAGAGACUUCAGUCACUGAAUCCCCCAGGCCUCCUGGAUCUGUACCCUGCCCCUAUCUAACACCAUCCUUGGCUCCCACUCUGGCUGCCUGCAUUGAUAUAACCAGCCUUGCUGGCUUGGUUAGGUUUUGUUGGGGCAGGGAAUAGGGAAGAUAUUUUUUGAACUAACUUGAAAUGUAUGUUUUUGUUUUUAUUUUGCCAAUUUCAAUAAAGAUACACUGUGUU